UUGUUAUGAAUGAACUCAAUUAUACUGCAUUAAAACAUAUUUCUAAUUUUGAAUUUGUGGAUACUUCGGUCCAAGUCUUUACGGCCUGUGAGUUUCUAAUCUAUGGAGAUGUUGUGUGUAAACCUGGACAGUUCGGACUGGAGUGCGAGCACACUUGUCGUUGUGCCAAAAGAAGCGACUUCUGCUUCCUACAAACCGGAUACUGUGUAUUUGGUUGCCCAGCGGGGUUUAAAGGAGUAGGAUGCCUAACGCCCUGUAUUCCGCCAUACUACGGUCAUGACUGUUCACGGAUCUGUAGUUCCAACUGCGAAAAUCUCAUUUGUGAUAGCGUUGAUGGAAAAUGUAAACGAUGUGUUCCGGGGCGGUUUGGAGACUAUUGCGAAACCGCUCAGCUGGAGUGUAGCUCUAACUGUGCCUAUAAAAAAUGUCGCUCCGACAACUUCACCUGCAUCAGCUGUAUAAAGGGACGGCACGGAGAGUAUUGUGAAAAAGAAUGUACUAACAAUACGUUUGGUGAAAAUUGCUCUCAAAAGUGUAGUAAGGGCUGCCACCUAGGGGCUGUUAAAAGCAGCCAAGUCUGUGACCCAGUUUCUGGAGAAUGUGUGGCUGCUGCUAUUCAAACGGCUGACAUUCUCCAGCGCCAAGGAAUCGUGGAAACGCUUCUAACAGUAUUGCUUAUAUGUUUAGCAAUUCCAAUGUGUUUAACUUUUGGAGGAGUCAUUUACAGGAAGUCAAAGAAAAUUGCACAUAGCAGGCCAAGUAUAAUUGCGGAAAAUAAAGGAAGAGGCGAAAAUUUGACUGCAAUACCUAUAGACAGUUUCAACACCUACAUGAAAGAACACACCGUCGAAUUUCUCGAGAAACAAUUUAAAUCUAUACCAGAAAACGAAACAGCGAGUAAACAAACUGGCCUUGGUAAAGAAAAUGUAACUAAAAAUGUACGCCGGAGCAUUACUGCAUUUGAUCAUUCUAGAGUGUACCUUAUCCCCAACCAGGAGAAAAAUCACGGAGAUUAUAUCAACGCCUGCUUUGUUAACGUUCAAGGGAAUGAAGAAAUAAUAGCAUCACAAGGUCCAAACACCUGGACUAUUGUCGAUUUUUUGCGGAUGUUGAGGGAGAGAAACGUUGGUAAAGUCGUCAUGUUGAACAAUGUCAACGAAAAAGAUGUGGUUCAGUAUUGGUCUGACAAUGAGAUCACCUUUGAGUGCAUGAAAGUGAAGGUUCUGGACACUCAAGUCUACACUGACUACACAAUCAGACAAAUGGAAUUAACAAAAGAAGACUUACCCCCAUGGUCGCUGACCCAGUACCACUACACGUCGUGGCCCCAGGAGGGAUACCCCCCGUGCAUCUGGAGUUUAGUCAACUUUGAGAACAGAGUCUUCUUAGAGAGUAUAAAGUAUCACACUGUGGUUCAUUGCAGGACUGGGGCGGGUAGAACAGCGAUGUUUAUCGCACUACAUGAACUGGUUAAACAAGCUAAAGCUACAAAAAAAGUUGACUUGGUGACGACAGUAAGAAAACUUAGGGAAGACAGGCCGCGGAUGAUAGAAAAGCUGGAUCAGUUCAUCUACCUCCACGAGGCUACACAAGUUGCUCUGGCGUGUGUCGAUACUUUUAUUAAACUUGAGGACAUUUUUCUAAAAGUGUUCCAAUUAGAUCACCCUAAACCAGGACAGGAAACUUUUGAAUCAGAGUUUAAUAAAAUUUCAUACGUGACUUCAGUGCUGCAAGGUGAAUAUGGCGAAGAAAACAGUGCAGAAAAGAACAAAAGUAAAAAUAGAUGCCACGACAUUUUACCGAAGGAGAGGUACAGACCUCUACUACAAAUUGAUGAAGAAGAUGAAGACGAUUACAUCAAUGCAAUCUUUGUGCCGGACUUCAACAAACUCUCACAACAGAUCCUGACUCAGCUACCGCUCCCUACAACAGUCACAGACUUUUGGAGACUGGUCAUACAACACAACGUCACGCUUAUUGUGGCAUUUGAAUCGGACCUCAAAGAUAAAGAUGCUACGAUAGGAGAUUACAUACCGGAAGAUUAUGACAGCCCAUUGCAAUGUGGGAACAUCAACGUAAGCCUUCAAAAUCUGAUAACACAAACAGACUGGGAGGAAAAGUCUCUAGUAGUCUCGAAUAAAUCAACGAACCACCAAGUGACCCAUCUGAAGUACACAGCUAAUAUCAACGACGUUGUUGUCAGAAUCUUCUUACCAUUUAUUUUACAUGCCCGAUCCAAGAGGACUGAAGAAGGGGCAGUCAUCUACACAUGCAGAGAUGGUGCCAAGUACAGCGGGUUGGCCUGUGUUUUGACUGUACUGGUGGAUAGGUUGGAGAGAGACCAUAUGAUGACUGUUCCCCUCGCUGUUGGCAGGGUCAAAUCAAUCAGACAACAGGUCAUUUCAACAGUGCAGCAGUACAUGACUGUAUACCAAGGCAUUAAAACAUUCUCUGACUCCAUGAAUAGAACAGCGGCCUCUUAAUUCUUCUGAGCAGUGUGCCAACUUGUGACCAGCUUGUAAUUAUACUUCUCAUUAUGCUGAUAUAUAUAUUGUUAUAGAAUUUUGUGUAUCUCUUUUAUAUUAAAAAUCAAUACUGUUAUUUUGUUUAUAACAUACAGGUUAUUUUACGUUUUAGUCUGUUAGAAUCAUGUUGUAAUAAGUACAAUAUACAUUUUAUUAAGUGCAGUAAUUACUUUAGUUUAAUAUUCCUUAAAAAUGUAUUCAAUAGUAAAGUUAAUAUCAAUCUGACAGUACUCAUUAGUAUUUAUUCCUAAAUAAGGGUAGAGAUUUUCAUGUUGUUAUGUGGUAUUAGAUUGUGUACUUUUAAAAUAAAACAGGAAAACAAUUGACAAUCAAAUCUGGC